AAUUAUUUAUUGUUGAAGAGGAUAUCGCUUUUACAUGAACGCCGCUUGGAAGCAAUGGCUGCUGCCGCGUUUCCUGCUCCUCCCUCCAGCACCAAUCAGCGUCACCAUCGCCGCCAAGUUCCUCUGGUGUCUCCUGUGCAAGUCAAUGCUGAUUCCCUCAACCGCAGACAGGUCGUAUGGACGGAGAAGAUAAGGGAAUUUACUCGGUCCGGGCAAUAUAACGACGCAUUGAGUACUUACAUCAACAUGCUAUGCACUGGAGUUUCGGUUGACAACUUCGUCUUCCCGGCUGUUAUUAAAGCAGCAACUGCCCUCGGAGACCUGUCGGUUGGGAGACAGACGCAUGGCCUCGCCGUGAAGACUGGUUAUUACUGUUCUACAGCGGUAUGCAAUACGAUCAUUACCUUAUAUGGGAGGUGUGGACGGACGGUUGAUGCACUUCAGUUGUUCGACGCAAUGCCUCAGAGAGACCAUGUGUCGUGGAAUUCUGUUAUCGCUGCGUUGUGCGAGGCAGAGGAUUAUGAGAUGGCAUUGUGGUUGUUUAGAGAGAUGCAGAGGGAGCCACAUGUAGAACCAACUUCGUUUACGUUGGUUAGCGGGGCGCUUGCUUGUGGGCGUCUCCAUGAACUGUUGUUGGGUAGGGAGUUGCAUGGCUUUGCUAUGAAAUGUGGCUUGUUGGAUGCCCAGACAUUCACUAGUAAUGCUUUGAUUUCUAUGUAUGCUAGCCUUGGAAAGAUUAGGGAAGCAAGGGCGGUAUUCAAUUUGGCCCAUGCUGGUAAGAACAUAGAUCUUGUCUCAUGGAACACCAUGAUUGCUGCUUAUACUCACAAUGAUUUGUCCGUAGAAGCACUGCACUUCUUUUAUCUCCUGUUGACAGAGGAGCAUGUUCCAGAACUGGAUGGCGUUACUAUUGCAAGCAUACUCCCCGCUUGUGCUCAAACUCGUUGCUUGAGAUUAGGCAGAGAGAUCCAUGCAUUUGCUUUGAGGAAUAAAGGUAUCUUUCUUAAUGACUAUGUGGCUAGUGCUCUUGUUGAUAUGUACUGCAACUGUGGCAGAGUCGGGGCAGGUGUGAGAGUUUUUGAGAUGGUCCCUAGUAAUAAGAAGAUUGGGCUGUGGAAUGCCAUGAUCACAGGUUAUGCGCAGAAUGAGUUCGACAGUGAUGCACUUGAGCUAUUUGUUGCUAUGCUGUCCAAUGGAAUUACACCAAACCCGACUACGAUGGCUAGUGUUUUACCGGCAUGUUCCCGUUCCCAUGGGUUUAAUGGAGGUAGAGAUGUACACAGUAUGGUCCUGAAGUUGGGGUUUGUGUUGGAUAGGUUUGUUCAGAAUGCUCUUGUGGACAUGUAUUCUAGGGUGGGGACGAUAGAGAUCUCAAAGAGAAUUUUCCAACUGAUGGGGAACAGAGACUUGGUAUCAUGGAAUACCAUGAUAACUGGAUAUGUGAUUUGCGGGUAUCAUGACGAAGCGCUCAAGUUAUUAGGAGAGAUACAGAAAAGUUCCGGAGGUUAUCUCCGACCUAAUUCUGUUACGUUGAUGGCUGCUCUUCCUGCUUGUGCUUACUUGGCUGCUCUGACAAAGGGAAAGGAGAUGCAUUCUUAUGCCCUGAAGAAUGAUCUUUUAUAUUCUAAUAUUGGUGUUGGCAGUGCACUUGUGGAUGUCUAUGCAAAAUGUGGGUGCUUAGGUGCAGCUAGAAGAGUAUUUGAUGAAAUGCCUGAAAGGAAUGUAAUCACAUGGAAUUCAUUGAUCUUGGGAUACGGAAUGCAUGGCCAAGGUGAGGAAGCACUCGAUCUUUUCUAUAAACUAGAAAACGAGGAGAAAGUUCAGCCUAAUGAGGUAACAUUUAUUGCCGUUCUUGCGGCAUGCAGUCACUCAGGACUAGUGAACCAAGGAAAGGAAAUUUUUGACAAACUGAGGAGAAUCGAAUACUCCAUAGAACCACAACCAGACCACUAUGCCUGUAUGGUAGACCUGCUUGGCAGAGCAGGGCAGCUGGAAGAGGCUUACCAGCUGAUACUUAGCAUGUCUAACAAGCCCGACGCCAGCGUGUGGAGCAGCUUGUUGGGAGCAUGUAGAAUCCAUAACAAUGUAGCACUUGGAGAAAUUGCUGCAGAUCACCUUUUCGCUCUAGAGCCCCAGGUACCCAGCCACUAUGUCCUCCUCUCUAACAUUUAUGCAGCAUCCGGGCUGUGGGAAGCGGUGACUAAGGUCAGGGGUACUAUGAAAGAAAGGGGAGUGAAAAAGGAGCCUGGUUGCAGUUGGAUUGAGAUUGGCAACGAAAUUCACAACUUUUUGGUUGGAGAUGGUGUUCAUCAACAAUGUGAGCAAGUCUAUGAGUUCCUGGAAGAGUUGUUGGAGGAGAUGAAGAAAGGAGGUUAUGUUCCUGACACAAGUUGUGUGCUCCAUGACAUCGAGGAUGAUCAGAAAGAAUUGCUGCUGCAUCGGCACAGUGAGAGGCUGGCCAUCGCUUUUGGGAUCCUCAACACUCCCCCUGGGGCAGUGAUUCGUGUGACCAAGAACCUAAGAGUUUGCAAUGACUGCCACAAUGCUAUUAAGAUAAUCUCCAAAAUUACAGAGAGACGAAUUCUUGUUCGGGACAUCCGAAGAUUCCAUCAUUUUAGAGAUGGGGAGUGCUCCUGCGGAGACUACUGGUGAACGUGCUGCUGUUUUUCCCAACUGCACCUGGAAUUGGACCUUUAACCUUCAUAAUUUUUAGUAUUCACGUUAAGCCUUCAGCCACUGGCAUGGCUGUAUCUCCAUGCACUUUCAUAAUGGGCAGCGAUAAUGGAAACAUUCUGAGAGUUUAAGAUCUUAAACGUGUUAGGACUUGCCAUGGCUUGGGGUGCAGCUCACGUAAUUGUUAGCCAUACUGGUCUAAUCAAAGAAACUUGCUAUUAGUAUGGCACUUUAUUGGACUGUAAAGAUACAAGUUCGAUAUGGGAUUAUAUAUGCUUUAAAUUUUUAUUUUUAAA